GUUAGGAAGGGGAGAGAGAACAGAAAGCAAGAAGCCAGAGCAUUCGUAGAAACGAAUCGGGAAGGAAUCAUAUAUCUUCGUCUUCCUCGAAAACUUGGGAUAUAUUAAUCGUGGGUUUCAUGGGGCCAAAGGGAUUUUCUCUUUUUCUUCUUCUUCUGCCAUAUUAGUUGAAUAGUUUCUCUUCUCUCUCUCUCUCUCCCUCUUUAUCUCUCUCUCUCUCUCCCAACUCUGUUUGUCUCGCUUUGCUGGUCCAAUUCUCUGUUGUGCCCCAGAUCUUGAACACCGAUAUCCAAACAGGCCCCCAAGAGCUCCAAGAGGGUUCCUUCGGAUCUUUUGAUUUCGAGAGCUUUAGCAAUCGAGGGGGUCGCUUUGUUUUGCAGGCUCGAGAGCCGCGCGAUUCAUCAGAUAAAUCCUUUGCAUUGAGCACCACUCGUAGUAUUAAGUGGACGUCCGUCGGACAGGGGAGGUAGUAUUAAUUGAAAUUUGAGUUGAAGGAUAUGGCACAUUUUAUGGGAAAGCUUUGAUGCAUUAAUCUAGUCUUCUUGAUGAAGACAGCUAAAGGUUGGAGAUUGGGUAUGGGUGAUGUCCACAUUUUGUCGGGCCAUCGCCCUCGUCCUCCAUUGAAGAAGCCAGUGUGGAUUAUAGUGUUGGUUUGCUUGGUCAGUAUGUUCCUAAUUUGCGCAUACGUAUAUCCUCCCAGAGGCAGUGCUGCCUGCUAUAUGCUUUCUUCCAGAGGUUGCAAGGCUCUUUCAGAUUGGCUUCCACCGGAUCCUGCAAGGGAAUAUACUGAUGAAGAGAUGGCAUCUCGUGUUGUGAUUAAGGACAUCCUAAACACACCUCCUCUUGAAUCAAAGAGCCCUAAAAUCGCUUUUAUGUUCUUGAGUCCCGGUUCGCUACCUUUUGAGAAGUUGUGGGAUAAGUUUUUCCAAGGUCACGAAGGAAGAUUCACAGUCUAUGUCCAUGCAUCAAAAGAAAAACCUGUACAUGUGAGCCGUUACUUCAUUAAUCAAGACAUAAGGAGCGACCAGGUGGUGUGGGGAAAAAUUUCCAUGAUUGAUGCUGAGAGACGAUUAUUGGCAAACGCUCUUAAAGAUCCUGAUAACCAACAUUUUGUGUUACUCUCGGAUAGCUGUGUGCCAUUGCAUACCUUUGACUAUGUGUACGAUUAUCUUAUGCACACAAAUAUCAGCUACGUUGACUGCUUCUAUGAUCCCGGUCCACAUGGGAAUGGCAGAUACUCAGAGCACAUGUUACCUGAAGUCGAGAAGAAAGAUUUCCGGAAGGGUGCCCAGUGGUUCACAAUGAAGCGGCAGCAUGCUUUAAUUCUCAUGGCUGACAAUCUGUAUUACUCGAAAUUCAGGGAUUAUUGUAAGCCAGGUUUGGAUGGUAAAAAUUGCAUUGCUGAUGAACAUUACAUUCCGACCUUUUUCAGUAUGGUUGAUCCAGGUGGAAUUGCAACAUGGUCGGCGACGCAUGUUGAUUGGUCUGAGAGAAAAUGGCACCCCAAAUCCUACAGGGCUCAAGACAUCACAUACGAACUUCUGAAAAAUAUUACGUCAAUUGAUGUGAGCGUACAUGUAACGAGUGACGAUAAGCAUGAAGAGCAGGUAAAACCUUGUUUGUGGAAUGGGGUGAAGAGGCCAUGUUACUUGUUUGCGAGGAAGUUCUAUCCGGAAACUUUGGACAAGCUGUUGCAUCUCUUCUCCAAUUAUACGACAUUCUGAGCUGGACAUUUUUUUUUACUCGAUAUUCUUUGGUCGAACCGAUAUAGUUGCUUUCGACCCCAUUCACCCUCCCUUGUUCUCAGUUGUAAAUUGGCCGCAUUAUAAAGGCUCCUAUGUUGCCCGACCCCAUAUCUCGAGCACAAUGGCAACUUCAAGUGCCUUUUAGGGUGAGUUCAUUCCCGAGGGAGGCUAACUAUUUGUUAGAGCUCCCUUUGGAAGUUGCGUGGCAAGAUGGGGCUUCAUCUCAAUAUCAUAUCACUCCAUCCUUUGGGCUUAGAAAAAGGAUCGAAACGUAGAAAAUGUGGGGAUGGUGCAGUUAGUUCUUUUUGUAAAAGUUGCGACUAUUAUGUUACAUAUGACCCAAUCAUAGCGCUUCUUUUGUAUUCUUGGAGGUAAGAUGAUGAUUUUGUGACAGAUGAUUUUACAUAGCUGAAUUCCUUUUUGACUGCCUAGAGAAAAAGAAGAUUUGGUU